AAAUUGAUAAAUCAACAAUUGUACGAAGCCAAAAACAAACAACAACAACACCCACAAAUGCAUUACUUCCACUUUUGCAUUAUUUCACUUUCCACCUUCGUGUUGUUAGCGCUCCACCUGCGAGCAUGCGCUGCCGAUAAUGUCGGCGCCAGCAGCAGUGUCAGCGAAGAGGACGAUGACGGCAAGUCCUCUUCAACGCUGAAUUUGCCAAUAUUGGCGAACGCGGCGCUUAGUCAUUCACAGCGGCAUAGCGAGGACGCAGUUAUCGUAGGCUCGCUGGAGGAAAGAGUGCGGCAGCAAUGGACAGAAGAACAACAACGCCAUAUGAGUCAACAAAAGCAUAGCCAACAACAGCGACGUUUACGGCGGCAGCAGCAACAGCAACAACAACAUCAGCAGCAGCAGCGUCGUCAGCGACAAAAUAAAAAAUCGCGCAACUCCUCGGCGCUUGGUGUGUCCACUUACUUGGCUGCGAAGCCUGGUGGCGGUGCUGCCAUGGACGAGGACGUUGCUUUAGAAUUAGAAAAUACUGAUUAUAAUAUCGAUGGCGAAACUAUAUUAGCUGGCGCUGCUGUUGCUGCCAAUGCAGCUGACGAAUCGGAUGACGCGUCCUCAUCAGCGAUUUCGUUGGAUGACAGCACUGGCGAUAAGGUGCCCUUCGACAUUUACACUUGUUGCAGUGAAGUAUUUGGCUCAUGUCGUACAUCAUGCGAAAAUCUUUCAUUAGUGCAGCUGGCCAAUACGGAUAAUGCAAAUGGACGUGGCCUACGUUUGGAAUUGAAAAAAUAUUGUCCCUCAAUGCAAAUCAGUUUUUGGAGCUGUAUGAAUCGCACAUUGGAAGCUGUUGCACGUGGCGCACAGUGGUCGGGCAGACGUUGCUGCGCUUUGGGCUUGUCGCCACGUUGCCGCAAUGCCUGCGCCACAUCAGAUUCGACGGCGCAACCACAACUAAUCAACGCGUGCCGCCAAAGUGAUGAGCAACAUAUGUUCGCUUGUUUUGAACAUCAGGAGGCUGGCGAUCGAUGCUGCAGUACGGCGCGCACAUCGGAAUGUUUACAGGUCUGCCGCGAUGUCUUCGAACCGCAUGCCACACACAAACGCAACGGCCACCACAAGCUGCGCGAGAUGUGCCAUGAGGAACGCGAUGCCGAGCUGCUGCAAUGCGUGCACAACAUUACGGGCAUGACGCCGGUGACAAACUCCCACAAAUAUCUCCCAUGCUGUGAGUUUUCCAGCGUAGAUAGCUGUCGUCGCACUUGUCGCUCUGUGCUGAAUAGCACUGAAAGCAUUGACAUCAUUAUCGGUGAACUUGAGGUAGGCGGCUGUGGCACCCCAUUGCCACACGUGCCACUGUGGCAGUGUUUCUUGACAGCGGAACGCAAAAUUUUCGUACCGGCCACAAAGAGCACCAACGAGUUGUCGCAGAUCAAUCAGAUCGGUAUCGACUCGGCCAAGUUGCAUUGCUGCGAGAAAGCGGUGUCGGCUAAGUGUCGCCGUCUCUGCACGCAGACUUACUCGAAUGAUUGGACGGCAACACGCGCACUUUUCGAAACCUCCUGCCUGCUGGAACGCAACGAAUUGGAGCUGCGUCAGUGUGUCGAUGAAGUGGACGAACCGUGCGAACUGGGCUGUGAUGGUCUCAGUUUCUGUACUAACUUCAAUAAUCGCCCGACGGAGCUGUUCCGCAGUUGUAAUGCUGUCGCCGAUGUCGCUGCCCGUUCUGAUUUAAAAAUGUGGCAGCAAAAUGGCUCCGUCAGUUUAGAUGGCUUUGAACUGCCCAUUAAGAAUAUGACACGCUGUGCACCCGAACAGUGGAAGGCCAUCGCUUGCGCGCUUCAAAUUAAACCCUGCACACGCAGUCGACAUUACAAUCACAUUUGUCGGGAGGACUGCUAUGAGAUAUUGAGUGAAUGUAUGGACUGGACGCGCAUGAGUUCGGCACUCAAUGCAGAGGCAGUGUGUGCGCGCCUCCAUCCGGAUGGCGAUGAUGUGCCAUGUGUUUCGCUGCGCCCAUAUCGCGAAGAAAGUGAUGCGCCAAAAGAAACUGGUGGACAUCAUGGACUGACGGCGCCGUGUAAAGGUCAUCCAUGCAACGGCAGCGAAACGUGUAUAGCGCGCCGCAAUGAGAGCACUGCUUACGAAUGUGUGCCCGGCUGUAGUCUCGGCGAGGCGUCCAACUAUUUGGUGCCGUUUGGCGCAUAUGUGCGCAUACCCGUACUUCAAAGUGUGAAGGUAGGUGGCAUCGGUGGUGAAGGUGUGGUCGGCGCUUUCAAAGUGUGUCGUUGCGGUGCGCAUGGACGCAUCGAACACUGUCAACCGCUGCCAAGUUUCUCGUAUGCGAACUGCGCGCUGCCGGGUGGACGAAGUUUCCGCCAUGGCACCUCUUUCUAUUUGGAGUGUAAUUUAUGCAGUUGCUUCGCGGGCGAGAUUACAUGCACCAAGAAGCAGUGUCGUUUGGCAGGUUACACUGACCCCUCAUACACCAGUCUGCCCUGCAACUGUCCGACCCACUUUGUACCCGUCUGCGGCAGCAACGGCAACACCUACCACUCGGCCUGUAUCGCAAAGUGUCUCGGCUUGCAAGACAAUGAGAUGCAGUAUGGCGCGUGCGCUACAUUGAACCCGUGUCGUGAGGGCGCUUACAAUUGUCCAGCUGGCCAUCAGUGUUUAGAGCAACGCAAAAUAUGCUUGUCGUCUAUGCACCGCCCUUGUUUGCAGUACCAGUGCAUCAAUCUCACCGCCGACUGUACUUCCGUCGAAACGCGGCCGGUGUGCGAUAUGCAGCGGCGCACGCAUGCCAGCGCUUGUGAUCUCCUAGAAGCGCACGCGUCCUUGGCUCAUUGGGGCUCCUGCUUCCGCAGUUGCACAAUGCAAGGCCCCGUAUGCGGUAUCAAUGGUGUCACUUACGUGCAUGAAUGCGCUGCGUGGGCAGACUACAUCAUCAUUGACUAUCGCGGCCGUUGUCGUGAGGUGGGAUUGCUGGCUGCGGAUAUGGGUCGCCGCUGUCGCACCGUAAAAUGUCCGCGUCUACCAUCACCCUACUGCCGUGGCGUAGUGCCACCUGGCGCUUGCUGCCCCAUCUGUGCGGGUGCGUUCCGUGUAGUCUACUCACGCAAGCAGAUCGAUCGCGCACUGUAUGCGGUACGCGGUCAACAUAAGGACCUGUUGACGCUAAAUUCUGUGUUGCAAGCGUUGGACGCGCUCGUACAGCUGGCCGAGUGCCAGUUGACUGGUUUCCUUACCAUGGAAGUGGGCAUAUUUGUGGCUCUUGUACCGCGCGCCACUGCGCCUAUGCGUAUACAAAUUGAAGCGUGUGUGCGUGAGGCAGAACGCAUUUCGACGCUGAUAGAUGCGCAGUCGCAUGAAAUCACCACUAAUUUGCUGCUUUCCGGAUUAACGGUUUCGCACUUGGUGGAGGAAAAUGUGGAUGGCGGCGGUGGGCGCAUGCUGGUGAUGCCCAGCUUGGCGAUUAUCGUGUCGCUAACACUGUGGACUCUGCAGUGUAAACGAGUUUUAUAGUUAUAGCAUUUAAGUUGUUACCUGCUGUGGGUGAAGUGGAAGAUGAAAAAGUGUUUUUGUAAAUCAGCUGAGUGAAUUCUUAGUGCCAAGUUAGUUGUUAAUUAAAACUUUACUUUAAAUUAAAAGCAAAAAAUUGUCAAAAUGUAAAUAGUGAAGGAUUUAUUUAUGUACAUACAUUUACAAAUGUGGAAUUGAAGAGGUUGAGGUUAGGGCGAUUUACAUUUCAUAUAAAAAAAUGUCAAAAUAUUUGUAAAUAUUGUAGUUCUAUUUUUUAAUAUUUAGACCAAAUAUUCGAGUGGAAUUUUUUAUUCAGAUAUUGAAAUUAGCUCUGCAAUGAACUUUAAGUGCCAUUUGCGUAAAUAUUUAGAAAUAUCGGGUUUAUAGAAACUUAGGUACUCGUACAUAUUUA